AUGAAACGGCAACAAAAGAGGAAACAUUUGGAAGAUGAAGAGUCCCAGGAAACUGGCGAGAAGGGAGGAGGAAUCCUGAGGUCACAAGAGGAUGCUUCUCAGCUUGGAUUGACCAAAGUGGCCAAAGGCUGUGGCACAGGGGCAGAGGAGGUCUCCUCUGCCUCCGAAUACUUCUCCUGUGUUUCUUCUCCAAGCAAGCUCAACCAUGGCGGAAUCCAGAAAUCACUUCAAGACACUCCCCAGCCGAGAUCAACCCUAGCCCAUGCUCAAGAACGAGGGGAGACUGCCCCCCUCUCACCACAUGUCCCCUUAUCGUCCCCUUUAUCCGAUAAGACCUGUGUGACCUCUCAGUAUCUGAACAAAGAGGAAAGGGGCAUGAAAGUAUAUUACAUGCAGGUACAAGUGAAAAAGGGUGUAGCUGUCUCCUGGGAGACAGAGGCAACCCCAGAGUCACUAAAAAGGAAGCCGAUGGUGGAAGAAGUGAACCUUCCUGAGAAUGUGCGAGUAGGUACACCACCCUCUGAGGUGUCUACCAGAAACCUCCUAUGUGACAGUGAGGCCAGAGAAGAGGUGAGAGAGCAUGAGGAAAGAGGAGAAUCAAAGGGCCUGCCAGGAUUGCCCACAGUUGAGGAGAUACCCAGGGCCAAGACACCUGACUGGUUGGUGACUAUGGAGACUGGCUUCAGGUGCAUGGCCUGCUGCAGGGUCUUUCCCACCUUGGAGACCCUCCAAGACCAUGUGCAGUUAGGGAUUAGGGAGGGCUUCAGCUGCCACGUCUUUCAUCUCACCAUGGCUCAGCUGAGGAGCAAUGUGGAAUCAGAGAAGAUCCAGGAGAAGGAGGAGGAGGAGGAGGAGGAGAACGAUGAAGAGAAAGAGAAGAAAGAAGAAAAAAAAUCUGAGGAGGAGCAGACCACAGGGUAA